AUGUUUUGUUAUAGGGUCAGACCAGUGUCCUAUCAUGAGCAGAAUGGUAAAGGUGAGCUGGGCAGGAGCAGCGGUCGCAGGAAGCUCCAGUCUCAGUCGUCUCUGGACGAUCGUGGAGGGCCAGGAGAUCGAGAGCAUCGUAUGGGAGAAGGGAGGCGGCUAGAGAAAAUCCACUCUCAGGAAUAUGAGGACGGAACAGACGGACUCGGGCGUCUGGAGAGCCAACGCAGGCGACCUGGGGAGGAAGACCCCAGGGAGCGCAAACGCAGAGAGGAGGAGUUUCAGAACCGCUACCGCAGUGACCCCAACCUGGCCCGGUACCCGGUCAAACCACAGAAGGAGGAGCAGGAGAUGCGCAUGCAUGCCAAGGUCUCGAAAGUACGGCAUCAGCGGCGACACAGUGAUCUGGCCAUUAACGAGGUGGGACUAGGCCCUAAUGACGGAAAGGACUUAUCCAGGAGAGACUCUGAGCGUAAGCCUAUGGACAGGACCGUGGGGAUGGGCGGGGUCAGGGCCGGGUCCCAGCCUGGAGGCCUGGACUACGGCCCGAACAAAGGUCGGUUGGACCCUAACACAGCACGGACACAGAGGGAAAAGGGCGGGGACAGUCUAUUGAGGAAAGACUCACAGAGCUCAGACCAGUCUGAGUCUCUGCGGCCGCCCCCUCCACGCACCUACAAGAGCAAACGAGACAAGAGACAGAUGUCCAUCAGCAGCUCAGAGGAGGAGGGCGGCUCCACGCCCGAGUACACCAGCUGUGAGGACGUGGACAUGGAGAGUGUCAGCGAGAAAGGUGACUGGGACUGUCAUACACUAGAUCCUACAGUAUGGCAUCACCCGGUGUCGUGGCAGCCGUCCAAAGAGGGAGACCACUUGAUCGGGCGCAUCACGUUGAGUAAGAGGUCAGCGAUGCCCAGAGAGGCGGGUUCUCUCCUCGGACUCAAGGUGGUUGGAGGUAAAAUGACAGAGACUGGGAGACUAGGGGCCUUCAUCACCAAAGUGAAAAAAGGAAGUCUUGCCGAUGUGGUGGGGCAUCUGCGACCAGGGGACGAGGUGCUCCAGUGGAAUGGGAAGUCGUUGCCCGGAGCAACCAAGAAAGAGGUUUACAACAUUAUCCUGGAGUCCAAGGCCGAACCUCAAGUGGAGAUUGUUGUAUCGCGGCCUAUAGGAUCUAUCAACCGAGUUAUGUCCAAAAACGUCUUAAGACAAGUGUAUAGAAUCGCUCAGGACAUCCCUCGAAUCCCAGAGUCAUCUCACCCACCGCUAGAAUCUACUGGCUCAAGUUCUUUUGAGUCCCCAAAGAUGGACCGUCCUUCGAUCUCAGUAAUGUCCCCCACCAGUCCUGGCACCCUGCGAGACCUCCCUGUAGUCCUACCAGGGCAACUUUCUGUAAAGUUGUGGUAUGACAAAGUUGGCCACCAGUUGAUAGUCAAUGUCCUCCAAGCCAUAGACCUGCCUCCUCGACCCGACGGGCGGCCGCGAAACCCCUACGUCAAAAUGUACUUCCUGCCUGAUAGAAGUGAUAAAAGUAAAAGAAGAACCAAAACGGUGAAGAAGAGCGCCGAGCCGAAGUGGAACCAGACGUUUAUCUACUCACACGUGCACCGGCGAGACUUCAGGGAGCGCAUGUUGGAGAUCACAGUCUGGGACCAGCCCCGAGUGCAGGAGGAGGAGAGCGAGUUCCUGGGAGAGAUCCUGAUCGAGUUGGAGACGGCGCUGCUGGACGACACGUCGCACUGGUACAAGCUGCAAACACACGAUGCGUCUUCGAUCCCACUGCCUCAGCCCUCCCCUUACCUCCCACGGCGACAUGUCCACGGAGACAGCCCCAGCAAGAAGCUUCAGAGUCCAGAGCGUAACUCCAGGGACAGGGAGCGGAGCAGUACGUUGGCCGUCCCGGAGCAGCAGAGGACGGUCCAGCACCGGUCCAGGUCUGUGUCCCCGCACCGCGAGGACUCAUGCAGGGCCCGCUCUCGGCCCGCAUACGUGCCCAUGCAGAGGAGCCUAGACGAGAUCCACCAGAACCGCCAUCCGUCCCACUCGCCGUCCCGGUACCAUGAGCCUCAUCUGGAGCACCAGCGGUCGGGCGACUCCGACUAUGAGUACUCUGAGGACAGGGGCUUAGCUAAACACUGCAACACACUCCCCCCUAAAAUGCCCCUCUUAGUAAACGGUAUCCAUAAAGAUAUUUACAGCUCCACCCUCCCUGCAUGCUCAAAGGGUCCGUCGCCUCAGAAACAGGAAGUGGCCGGGCCUCGUAGCAUCCUCACGCAGCGUGUGCUCAGGUUCACAGAUGAGGUCCCAGUUAGUGACCUGCAGCCAUCGCUGGACAGAGUCAGAAGUGCCAGCACCACGUGUCUGAGGCCAGACAACCACUAUGACAGAGACAGCAGACAGUGUAACAAUUCACCCAGUCCCAACUGUGCCAAUCCAAAAGGCAGCCGCAAAAGUCUGGAAGGGGACAGCCGUAUCCAGCCCACGUCCAUCCUGCGGGGCAGUCGGGGCCGAGGGGGUCCCCUGAGGCUGCCUCCUUUGUCCGGCUCGUGUCCAAACUCUCCGCGUCCCGAAAGACUUCAGGGCAGCCCGUCUCCACCAGGAACCGGCCGCAGAGGCAGGCAACUCCCUCAGCUCCCGGCCAAGAGCAGCAGCAUCGAGCAAGCCCUGGCAGGAGAUGACAGAGGAGGUCAGCUGCCAAAGAAAGUGCAUCCUUACAACAGGCCUUCAUCGUCCCACGACCGAGAGAUGGACCUCAAGACCAAACGAAAGAACUACGCAGGGCAGAGAGGCAGCAGCGACAACACGUCCGCUCGCUCCUCGGACAGCGACAUGAGUGACAUGUCGGUGAACUCUCGAGCCUCCAGCAUCUCCAGACUCAGCAGCACCAGCUCCAUCCCAUCAGAGUAUCCGGCCGGGAGGUUCAGGUCCAACUCCCUGGAGGAGGAGAAGCGAGACCGGAGGAUCUCGUGGGGGGUGGACGGGGAUGAGGAGCGGAGGAGGGCCGCGGGGAAGAGGAGGUUCUCAGACGAGUUGAAGCGAAGGAGGCACACGGUGGGAGGAGAGAGUGCAGAGUCCAGAUACCUCCCCGCAUGCCUCAGACCCCUCCGUGCUUGUGUCCCGUGCUGUGACUGCCCACCACCACUGCCACCCUCCCCUCCAUCACCUCCGGGGGCAGCAGAGAGGCCCCUGAGCAGCCUGCCUCUGUCCCCGCCACAGUGGCCCGACCUUGGGGGAGACAGGGGCAGUGUGGCGGGGGUAUCCUGUAGCACCUUGACCCCCUCCGAACAUAUGGAUAUGAGGCGACUGAUCCGGACCAGGGGCCAGCGCAGACCCUCAUCGCGCCUCUGUCCAAGUGGAUUCAACUGCGGUCGCAGCAUAAUGAAGAGCUCCAGUGUGAGCAGCGACAUCUACAGCCAGGAGCGGACGGACGGAAGCCAGUCGGACACGGCUCUGGGGACGGUGAGCGGAGGCACCAAGAAGAGACGCUCCAGCCUCAGCGCCAAAGUGGUCGCCAUCGUGGGCAACCGCCGCAGCAGGAGCACCUCCCAGAUCAGCGGGCCAGAGGGGAAGUCUAAGAAGGAGAAGGGCGCCCCCAUCCAGCGGAGCACAGAGACGGGCCUAGCGGUGGAGAUGGUCCGGAGCAUGCCCAGCCGACAGCCGAGUCGCGAGUCCAACAACGGCAGCAUCCACAGCUGUAACUCGGAGGGGAAUCUGAUCUUCUCUGGGGUGAACCUGGGGGCCAGUAGUCAGCUGAGCGGCUUUCUGGACGGGUUGGGUCCUGCGCAGUUAGUGGGCAGGCAGACGCUGGCCACCCCCGCCAUCGGUGACAUCCAGAUUGGUAUGAUGGAGAAGAAAGGUCAGCUGGAGGUGGAGGUGAUCAGAGCGCGAGGGCUGGUGCAGAAACCAGGAUCCAAGUCUCUACCUGCUCCCUACGUCAAGGUCUAUCUGCUGAAUAAUGGGGCGUACGUAGCCAAAAAGAAAACCAAGAUUGCACGGAAAACACUUGACCCGCUGUAUCAGCAAGCACUGCUAUUCGACGAGAGCCCACAGGGUAAAGUCUUACAGGUGAUCGUGUGGGGAGACUACGGCCGCAUGGACCACAAGAGCUUCAUGGGAGUUGCACAAGUCUUACUCGAUGAGCUGGACUUAUCAAGCACAGUAAUUGGCUGGUACAAGCUGUUCCCGCCCUCAUCCCUGGUGGACCCCACACUGGCCUCUCUCACGCGGAGGGCCUCUCAAUCAUCACUGGACAGCUCCUCAGGGCCCCCCGGGGUCCGCACCUAG